AUGUCCGAAGACGACCGUGCAGCCAAGGCAGCUCGUGCGAGGGCCCUCUUGAACAAGAAGAAGGGCAAGAAAGCUGCAGGCGGACCCGCGCGCACGGACACUGCUUCUCCAACACCGUCCUCGGCCCGCGCCGCCUCCCCAGCCAUAUCCGAGGGCCUGGUGUCGCCCACACCACCGUCAGCAGCGAAAGGAGCAGAUGUCGGCGACCUGUUCGCGUCGGCGCCGUCUGGUGGGACCGACGACUGGCUCUCUGGACUCUCUCGAGAAGAAGGAUCCCCAAGUAUAUUAUCCCCGCCGCCGCCGCAGACAUCCACUCCCGCCUCUGCACGCUCUCCGCCGCCCGCCGCCUCCGCAGCAUCUCCAACACCGAACGUGCACGCACCCGCACCUCGGUCCGCACAGUCUAUUGCACCACUACUAUCACCCCCCGCAAGCGCCGUGCCAUCGCCUCAACCACCAUCCGCCGGACCACCUGUUGAUUCGGUCGAACUAGAUGCGCUUCGGGCUCAGGUUCAGAGCGGACAACAGACUAUCUCGUUACUCGUCGCGGAGAAGUCCUCGCUUUCGGCUGCAUUGGACAAGCUCAACGGCGCCCAGAAUCAAGCAGACGAGACGUUGCAACUAUUGGAGCAAGAGAGGAAAGCUUCGCAAGAGUUGCGUUCACGUGUUGCAGCCGCUGAAAAGGAAGCCUCCGAUGGAGCGGCAAAGUCCAAAGAGCUGGUAGCAAGGGCCAGCGCGCUCGAAGAUAAAUGCAAAGAGCAGGAACGCGAACUGCAGCUCACGAAGGGCGCUGUGGAGGAUCACAAGACCGAGGCUGAGGAAGCUUCUCGUCGCGUACGCGAGCUGGAGGACCAGAUCCAAAGCGACGACCGCGCCGAACGCGCCGAGGCCGCGCUGCAGAACAUUCAAGAUCGGGCAACGGAGCUGGAGUUACAACUUUCGAAGCUCAAACAGAUACACUCCACUCUGAAGGCCGAGCGCGAUUCCCUCGACGAGAAACUCGCUGCUGUCACCGAAUCCGAGUCUUCCUGGCGAGCGCGUCAUGCCGCCGUCUCAAAUCAACAUGCGCAAUUGACGAAAGACAUCACUGCCGUUCAAGCUGAGCGUGAUACGCACGCCAACAAGAUUUCGUCUUUGGAGACCGAGCUUUCGAACACCAAGGAGGCGCUAUCAAAGUCGCAGGCAGAGGUCUCCCGGUUGACAAACGAGCAUAUCGCCUCUAUGCGCUCACUACAGACCGCGCAAACGGAAGCACGUGCUGCAUCUCGCCGUGCGGACGAGGCAGAGCGCACUCAGGCAGAGCUUCAGGCAGAGUCGUCGCGUCUAUUAGCUGCGCUUGAAGAAGUUCGCCCUCGGGUAGUGGAGCUGCAGGAUGCCCGCAUGGCGUUGACCGAGAAGGUCAAUGCUCUCGAAGCUCGCGUUCGGGAGCGAGACGCAGCCAUCGCGACUCUGGAGGCCGAUGCACACGAGGCUCAAGCUCGCGCAGAGGCCGCAGAAGAGCAGUUGCACGAAGCACAAGCUAUUCAGGAGCGGGAGCGUGCUCAGGCUCAAGACGCGGCGGACGAGCUACAACGGGGAUACGCCGAACUGCAGACUGAGCUGGAGGAGGCGCGAUUAGCUGUACGAGACCUCGAAGUUGAGCGCGCGACCAAUCGACAACUGGUCGCUCGUCAGACGGCAGAGAUUGAGUCCUGGUCGUCGGAACGCAGCGCGUUGCGUGAAGAGCUGGCCGCUGUUCGACAUGAAGCCGACGAGGCCAAACUUGCGCAUUCGGAGCAGGAGGAGUUCCUCGAGCGCGCUCGGACCGAAGCUGAGAGCUUACGCACUGAGCUCGAGGCGCGCACGGAAGAGCUCGCGGCGGCAGUUGCGGAGCGCUCCGGUCCGAUGUCUCCGGGUUUGGGAGAGGAGCUUCUAUCAAGCGUGCGCGCCCAACACGGACUCGAGCUCUCUGCGGCGCAAAGCCAAAUCCGCGCCCUGCAAACGCAACUUUUCGAGGCCGAUGCCAGAGUGCACUCGCUUCAGAGGCAACUGGCGGCGGCCGAGGACGCGCGGGGGAAGCGACCGUUCUCGCCUGAUCCCAGCCGCCCAGCCAGUCGAGCCGCCCGCACUUCAAGCGACGAGCUCCGUCGCACGUCGUUGAGCCGGCGGGUAUCCGGUGGCGCUGGAGGCGCCGCACCAUUGCAGCAGAACGCGUUCUCUGCGGGGCUGAACCUCAGCCCCGAGACGCGCCAUAAGCGCAAGGUUAGCCUUGGAAUGCUGAAGGCGCGCAUCGACUCGGAGGUCGCUGCGGCCGUCGCGUCUGGCGUUACCAGCCGCGCUGUUAGCCCCGGUAUGCAUGCGCACCCGCCGGCGUUGGAGACCGUCAAGGAGGACGGGGCUGGAAAGCCGCAGUUCUUGGACGAGAGUCAUAUAUUCUGGUGUUCCUCAUGCCGUGGAGAGUUGGUUAUUCUAUGA